CGGAUGGAACCAGAACUGGAGCCGUGGAUCCUUCAAGGUUUCCUUUUCCUUGGCUGGCCAUCUAAAUCGAGAAGAUCAACACGAGAUGCGAUCGACCCCCAGCUUGAUUAGACUACUCGUACUUGGUCUUAGUCUUGACUGACAUAUUGAUGACGAUGGGUUUACUUGGUUUGUUGCCAGGAUAUUCCCUAACCUGAAUGUACGAUCAACUGGGAUGGACCCAGUGGGAAUGAAUCCGCCUUUGUGCAGCAUUGAUUCUGGGGAAAGGAGCAAUGAGAGGGGCAAAAGAAUCCACUGCAUUGCAUCAUCCAGACCCAGUGGAUCCAGAAACGAGGUUAUUGGGCAGUGAAGCCUGCAGAAGUGUGUUAUUUUUACCACCGGUCAGUCUGACAGGACUUCACCACGUCUCUGAGGAGGGAGUGGAUGAGGACGGGGAGGGAGUGAAUAACUGGGGGAAAUCAAGUCAAAGUCAAAGUCAACAACAACAACAACAACAACAACAACAACAACAACAUAACCCAGGAAACAGAACAACAGGGAGCAUGA